AUGACUCUGAAGAGUUGGAGAGGCUACACCGCUACCUGGAAGGCUGGGCAGCAUGCAUUGAAAGCAAGAGUCCUCAACCUCCUUAAAACUGGCAGACUCGACAGUCCCUCUCCGUACCCACGGCCCCGCGGGCACCGUGCUUGUGGGAAAGGUUCUCGAAGGCUUCAUUUGCUGGUUUGUUCUUGGGUGCAUCUUCAUCUACCCGUAGGUGACCGUCCCGACACACGGGACCCUCUCCUGCCCUCCCCGCGCACACGCCAGGCCAGCGCGCUGCGGAUCGCCGUCCCGGGGCCCUCGGCCGCCGCCGCGCAGCGAGGGGGCGCAGCCGGGGACCGCGGGGACCCUGGGCGGCCCUGCGGCCGCUGCCCUCGCGCUUCCCCGGGGGAUUCCGCGCUCGGCUUUGCAAAGUUGUGGGCUCGGGUCAGUGCAGCGAAGGCCCAGGCUUCUCCAAACGUAAUAGUAAAAAGUGAUUCCACGCAAUCCCCGAAAGCCCCGGCCCAGACGUCGCGGAGCGGAUCGAGGAGCCCCAGGCGCCGCAGCCGGCCGGGUCCGGUCCCACCUGCUGCGGCCGCACAGGCUGCGGCACCACUGCGGGCUCCGGGCUCGCGGACCCGGCCGGCGGCCCCUGCGCCCUCCCGGGGACCCCGCGCCCGGCCGCCCGCGAGGAUCCCGGAGUGUUACGCGGAACGCAGGAGUCGGCUUGCCGGUGCACGAAGCGCUGAAACGCGCUGGUCGUCCACUGGAGAGUACCCCCUCGAAGAAAUCGGAAUCAGUUCCCCAGCUUUACCUGCACAACUUGGCAAGACUGAGAGAGCCUCAGUAGCUGCUCCGCUGCUGGGGGAGACGCGCCUCUGUCUCUCCUAUGCGUCGGUACACACUGCCCUCUCUGGCCGCUUGUUGUUAAUAACAAUACUUGUAGUGGAAGGGAUCGCUGUGGCCCAAAAGACCCAAGAUGGACAAAAUAUCGGAAUCAAGCACAUUCCUGCAACUCAGUGUGGCAUUUGGGUUCGAACUAGUAAUGGAGGUCAUUUUGCUUCACCAAAUUAUCCUGAUUCAUAUCCACCAAACAAGGAGUGUAUCUACAUUUUGGAAGCUGCUCCACGUCAAAGGAUAGAGUUGACCUUUGAUGAACAUUAUUACAUAGAACCAUCAUUUGAAUGUCGGUUUGAUCACUUGGAAGUUCGAGAUGGGCCAUUUGGUUUUUCUCCUCUUAUAGAUCGCUACUGUGGCAUGAAAAGCCCUCCAUUAAUUAGGUCAACAGGGAGAUUCAUGUGGAUUAAGUUUAGUUCUGAUGAAGAACUUGAAGGACUGGGAUUUCGUGCAAAAUACUCAUUUAUUCCAGAUCCAGACUUUACUUACCUAGGAGAUUGCCAGUUUGAGCUGUCAGGAGCUGAUGGAAUAGUGCGUUCUAGUCAGGUAGAACAAGAAGAAAAAACGAAACCUGGCCAAGCAGUGGAUUGCAUUUGGACAAUUAAAGCUACUCCAAAAGCUAAGAUCUACUUGAGAUUUCUAGAUUAUCAAAUGGAGCACUCAAAUGAAUGUAAGAGGAACUUCGUUGCUGUCUAUGAUGGAAGCAGUGCUAUUGAAAAUCUGAAAGCCAAGUUUUGCAGCACUGUGGCCAAUGACGUAAUGCUCAAAACAGGAGUUGGAGUGAUACGAAUGUGGGCGGAUGAAGGCAGUCGGCUUAGCAGGUUUAGAAUGCUCUUCACUUCCUUUGUGGAGCCUCCCUGCACAGGCAGCACUUUCUUCUGCCAUAGCAACAUGUGCAUCAAUAACUCCCUGGUCUGCAACGGCGUUCAGAACUGUGCGUACCCUUGGGAUGAGAAUCACUGUAAAGAAAAGAAAAAAGCUGGACUAUUUGAACAAAUCACAAAAACUCACGGAACAAUUAUUGGCGUUACAUCAGGGAUUGUCUUGGUUCUUCUCAUUAUUUCUAUUUUAGUACAAGUGAAACAGCCCCGGAAAAAGGUCAUGGCUUGCAAAACUGCCUUUAAUAAAACUGGGUUCCAAGAAGUGUUUGAUCCUCCUCAUUAUGAACUAUUUUCACUAAGGGACAAAGAGAUUUCUGCAGACCUGGCAGACUUGUCAGAAGAAUUGGACAACUACCAGAAGAUGCGGCGCUCGUCCACUGCCUCCCGGUGCAUCCAUGACCAUCACUGUGGGUCACAGCCAUCCAAUGUCAAACAAAGUAGGACCAACCUCAGUUCCAUGGAACUUCCUUUCCGAAAUGAUUUUGCACAACCACAACCAAUGAAAACAUUCAAUAGCACCUUCAAGAAAAGUAGCUACUCUUUCAAACAGGCACACGAGUGCCCUGAACAAGCCUUGGAAGACAGAGUAAUGGAAGAGAUUCCCUGCGAAAUUUAUGUCAGAGGGCGAGAAGACUCUGCACAAGCAUCCAUAUCCAUGGACUUCUAAUCUCCACUAAAGGUGACAGUAAUUAUUAAGUGUGUGCAUAUGCAGCCUACAGAGCACCCGUUCUGUUUGCAGCAGUCCUUUCUCCCAUCAAACCUAAAAAGACCUUCAUCUCCUGUUCACCUUGGUAGAAGUGGUUUUUAUUUUCUCAGGCGGUAAUAUAUGGUACACCAACCAAGGAGCUUACUGUAUUCACGGGACACUCAUCACCUCCUAUUGCCUGGCGUCGUGUGAGCAAAGCACCAAGUUAAUUAGCAGUCGGAGCGGGCAGAGGUUGUGCUGAGCCGGGCUCGGGAAUGCUGCUCCUGACUGACAGAGCUUUGUCACUAUUUGAAUCCCACAGUAAAUUUAAAAGUAAGUUUUCUUACGUUCCUUUUAUUUGUCUCUCAAUUUAAUUUACUGUGGGUGCCUGUGGUGUCACCGCUUCGGCUUCUCACGUGGGUGGUUCUGUCGCGUCCUGCACUUCAGCACAGGCCCUUGCUCCUCAGUUUCCAAGACACGGUUCCCGCAGUAAGUGCCAAGUAAGACUCAUCCCACGUGUUUCUUCUUGACUAAUUUCUAUAGUCCUGCCUUUUAGUGACUGGCUACUUAGUCCUUCCUUUCUGUGAGAAGUAGGUGAUAGGAUUUGUUACUUUUAAAUCAUAUUUUUCCUAGUUACACUAGAAAAUUUUGUAAUCCUGGGAUGUAUGUGCUAUUGCUGCUAUGACAAAGAAUUUGACAAAGAUAAAAAGUUCUAGCAAGCCUUUAAAAUUUCCUACAUGUGGUCACGGUCAGUGACGUCCCUUUCGCUUCACAACGGUCAUCUCAUCCACUUGUAGGGAAGCCUGUAAUUACGUUCAUUUGCAGCAUUUCUCUCUACCAGAUCAAGGUUUUCUGUUAUUUGUGUAAAAACAGUUACUUUGCUCCCUUUCUGUUGGUUCAUUUUUUUUGGCCUAUGGUAACCAAGGUUGUAUGAGAGUUAAAGGAAAAUUCUCUGAAAAACUGUGUGCGUUUAAAUUGCUUCUUUCUUGGGACAGUACAUUUUUCUAGCUAUUAUCAAAAAUAACAAUUUGAACUUUUUUUUAAACUGCACUUUUGACCUUAUGUUUUUUAUGGUAUAUAAAACAAUAAUUUAUAAACAUGCUAUAAAAACUCUUGUGUUUUUUUAGACUUUUGAUAUCAUUUGAUACUGUACAAUCUUUAUUAAAUCUAAAUUAAAGAUCUACACAACAGAUUUCUUUCACUGUUCACAUUAGAGGCUUUGUAUGCUGUGAUGGAACUGUUUGCUCUAAUUUAUUGUAAACAUGUUGGUAUAUGUACAUAAGCUUUUUCUUUCCUUUUGUAUUUAGUUCAUGAUGGUUUUUCUCUAUGUGGUAUUUAUUGCUCUAAGUCACUACAACAAAUAUUAAAAUAUGCAUUGUUACUUGAUCCGUCAAUCAUGUUAUUUUUGGCACUGAGAUUUUGGAUCUUAAGAUACGUGUAGAAGGGACUUCAUUUAUCACGUUAUAACUCAUAGAUGUGCCAUUUAAGAGAUAAAUUUUUAUUUUCUACAUUUUUGUAGUAAAUUUUCACUGACAUGGGAUGGAAGUUUCACUAGGUUUCAUUAAUUCUUUUAAAUAUUGCAAAGAUAAGUUUUCAAAUGACUUUAAAUUUGAUAUUUAACAAAAUACUGCCUCAAAGUGUAUUUCCUGUAAUUUUUUUCAAAUUCAUCUUUUUCAAUUGUUAGUAGUGCAUGUUGGCAGUGCAUAAAGAUUAUAUUCGUCAUGGGGAGUCGGCACAUUUUCCUAACACAUCUUAAUUCUUGUCCUUCCCCUUCCCACCCCUGCUUCCAUCCCUGGUCCCCUUCCCACCCCUGCUUCCAUCCCUGGUCCCCUUACCAUUUGCAAAACGUCUAUCCAGCGGUUUCCUAUUAUCUUUUAUUUUGGCCUUUAUGUACACUUCGGGUUUCUCAUGUAAGAAAAGCCAUGUGAUGUGUAAACUUGCAUGUCCAGUUUAUUUCACUUAACAUUAUUGUCUCAAGAUGCAGCCAUUUUCCCUCAGAGGACUCAGAUAUACCCUUUUUAUGAUAGAGUAGUACUCCACGGUGUAUAAAUACCACAUUUCUGUAUCCGUUCAUUUGUAAAAGUUACAUUAUAUCCAGGAGGUAAGAAAAUCUACACAUAGUAUUUUCGUGAUUUAAUCUUUUUAAGUUAACAUAAUUCUCUAUCUUCAAAACAAGUUGGAAAAGUGAAAAGACUUAAUGUAUUACUCAUUGAACUAAUACCAGAGACGGAUUGGAUAAGUAAAUUCUUUCAGUAGCAAAGUUGACUAGGCAUUUUAACAGGGGUGCCAACAUUUGAACAACAUAAUAUAACAAUAACUAUUAUCUCAUUCUUCGUGGUACCUGAAAUUAGCAUAAUUUCUAUAUCAAGUUAUUACAAAAGCCACUAUUAAAUCCAUCUUUAAUCUCUAGUUAUAGUAGAAGAUAAUACAGUAUGCCUAACUAUUUAUACUUUUGAAACUUGCAUCCUAUUUUAAAAGAGUUUGAUGAGACCUAUAAAAUACAAAGCCUUUACAGAAGAUGUUCAACAUUAAAACAUCACAGAAAUACAUGAUUUUAUGCAGCUCAGCAAGCAAACCUUGGAUGGCAGAUUUGGUUCUAAAUUUCUGGCUGCUCAAGUGAAGGAAACAGUUUUUUCUUUUCACAAUGGAAAGUACCAUCCACGAAGGCUAAUUUUCGCUAAGGUUUGAGGAUCUUUAUGUAGGAUGUUUCCUCAGAGUCUUAAAAAAUGCACAAUGCAAAAAAAAAAAAAAUGCACAAUGCAGGAAAAAUCACAAUGUAAGUCCUUAGCUGGUGAAGGCACAGCUUCGUGGAGUGUAGGAACAUUUUCUGAUGAGUCCAUUUGCAGGGCUGGAACCAGAGAAUCGAUAGCUGACACUGCCACGUAUAUGUGCCACCUUUGAACAUAGCAUUAGAUCUUAUUUCUUAGUUAAGCAUUUUAUCUGUAUUUUACAGAAAGAGAACUGAACUAGUAACUUUUAGAUGUUAGUACCAGAAUAACCCUAAUACUGUAUAUUUAGUCUUUGAUAUCAGUGAGAAAACUUUACAAAUUAUUUGCUACAGUGAAAGCCAUAAAUUUUAGUGAUAAAACCUGAAGUUUAGCCAUCUGAUAGGAGUGAUUACACAGUGCCCCGGUGUUAGAGAUGCAGUAUCUUCUAACACUAAACACAGAUCCAGAAGGUCAGUGUUUUCAGUUAAGGAUCGGUAUUGCCAGUGUAUGGCCGUAAUCCCAGAACUCGGGAGGCUGGGGCAGAAAGAUCCCUUGAGGGUAAGAAUCCAAGACCAGCCUGAGCAACCUAGCAAGACUCAGCUUUUUAAAAAGAACAAUUUUAUUAUUGUUGCUGGGAAUCAAACUCCAGGCCUUGAUAGCCACCACUCUCCUACUGAGCUACAUCCACAGCCCUAAAAAGGAACCUUCUUACAUAGCAAGGGAUCCUUUGGUGGAGGGAACAUAUUCAGUGUAAAAGUCUAGCUUUAAAAAGCAGAGCCUUUUCACAUCACAAAAUUAAAAACACUCCCUAAACUUCAAGUUCAUGGGUCUUACGUCAGUGUCUUUGUCAUGUUUCAUAAAAUUAUUGGCUGUUAAGCUCCUGAGUGUCUGGCACCGAACACUGUACAGUUGCUGCCUGAUGAGAAGGGUGCUUCUUCAUUUCAGGAGUGUAUCAGCCAAUGACACGCUAGGAAAAGCCUGGCUGCGACUCUGCGGAUAAUUCCUAAAGGUGAUUGAUUGUGUGCUCAUUGCAAAAUGGGUUGUGCUGGAUUGUUCAUGUUAUUUUCUUGCAAGAUCAGAAAAUAAUAAAUGAGUCCCAUCGAUUAGACCCAGAAGGAAUUUAGUAUUUGGUGAUCAAAGAAAGACAGUCUGAUCCAGCUUUGUUCAUGAGAAGAUGGAAGCCCGCAGAAGUGAAGUGAGUACUGCACCUGUCUCAGCCUCCCAGCCCCAUGUCUCCCCGUACCCCUCUCCCAGAAUCUGUGGCCAAGAUUCAAGCCCAGCCAUUCCAAACAACCCGCUAGAUGUAAAACUUGUCAGUCAUUCUGAUUUAAAAUGUAACUCUUACCAUCUUUUCAAAACAUUAUAUUUCCCCUUUUUAUUUAUGUAACACCAUGUUCUAUAGACUUGCUACCGUAAUUCUUUGGGGCUUACAACUGUGCAAGCAGUUACUGUGAAUUCUUAAUAAACAGUGUUUGUUAAUAAUA